AUGGUGAGGGUGAACUUAUUACGUAACCAUGGAGAUGCACGUGAAGAAGAAGAAGAGAAGCGCAUCAAGCAUUACAGCAAUUUACACAGGAUGUUGCUCGUCGGCGAGGGCGACUUCUCCUUUGCCGCUUGCUUGGCCCAAGCAUUUGGCUCUGCCGUUAACAUCGUCGCCACCUCCCUAGACUCCCAGGCGUCAUCGAAGAUGUUGUACAAAAGAGCAAGCGCCAACAUGGAGAUUCUGGAGGGACUUGGUUCCACCAUUUUGCACGACGUGAACGCCCAUACCAUGACCCAGCACCCCGUCCUCAAGCACAAAUCUUUCGACCGGAUCGUCUUCAAUUUCCCGCACGCCGGUUACAAGGGUCACGACCAUUCCAGCUCCCAAAUUCAGCGACACCAAGAAUUGGUGAGAGGGUUCUUGAAGAGCGCGAGGUCGAUGCUGGCCAAACAUGGCGAGAUUCACGUGACGCACAAGACGGCCUAUCCGUUCAGCAAGUGGGAGAUCGAGAAGCUUGCCGAGGAAGACGAAGAGCUGUGUUUGGUCGAGAAAGCAGAGUUCUCGGAGUCGGACUAUCCGGGUUAUGUCAAUAAGAGAGGAGACGGGUUAUGGUGCGAUCAAAAGUUUCCAAUCGGUCAAUGCUCUACCUACAAGUUUGCCCUUCGAGGUUGAUUCACGAUUGCCAUGUCGAAUUUUAGUAAUUUUAUUCAAAUGAAGAUGAAGAAUUCUAGUGUAAUUUUGCCCUUCUCUAUCCCUCGUCAGCUUCUCGCAUCUCCCUCCCCGUCUCUCUUGCUGCUCAUUGCGCCUCUACCCUCGCCCGCCAAAACCUCGCCGCCUCGAGCUCGAAGCCCACGCCGCUCGGGUCGAGGCCGUUCAACCGGAAUUCUUGCUGGCCGCUCGCUUGGGCUUACCCAAGUACCAAACAAAUACCCAU